AUGUUUUCUCUGAGAUUCUCGACCUCCGUUAAGCCACUUAAUUCCGUAAUUACACAGCAAGUUCGAUUCUUUUCCCGUGACCCAUUCCCAAACAAAGUCCAGCACUACCUUUACCGAGCAAACCUCAUCGAUUCCAUCCGUCUCUGUCUCCGUUCCACAACCUCAGACACAACACUAGCUUCUCUUUUGAACCACCGUCUUGUCGAUUCCUUUGUCGUGAAGAACGCUUUACGCUCAUCUCCUUCAAUCGCUUCUGCUUGGUCUAUCUUCAAAACCCUCAGGGUGAAAAAUCCAAACUUUUCAUAUGAAACUGAGACACUUCACGCCUUUGCCACUGUUCUUGCCAAGUUCCAGCGAUCUUCUGAGCUUAAAUCUCUUAUUGGAGUUAUCAAUGCUGGGAAAUUCGGCAAUGUUCAUUUCAGUUUUAUGAAUCUCAUGAACUGGUACGCAACUGCUGGCGAUUUCGACUCUGUUUUGAAGACUUGGGACGAGUAUAGAUCCUCAGGAGAUGAGAAGAAAGGAUGCACCGAGUCAUAUAACAUUGUGAUGCAAGUUUACAUGAGUUUAGGUAAAGAUUCUGAGUCUGUGCAAACUUUUGAUCAGAUGGUUAACGAAGGAGGGAUUCCGAAUUCUAGAACAUUCACUAUUAUGAUUGAGCAUCUUGUGAAAUUGGGGGAUCUUGAUGCAGCCAUGAAGGUUUUCGAGACCUUGCCUUUGAUGAGGAUCACAAGGACUAUGAAGCAUUAUUCGGUUUUGAUUGAAGCGUUUGUUGAUGCGCAACGGUUUGAUGAAGUCAAGAUUCUGCUUGCUGAGAUGAAAGCUGAUGGGAAAAUCCCGAGUAGACGCAUGCUUGAGCCUCUGAAACGCAUGAGGGAGGCUGGAUUUGAACAAGAAACUGAAGAGUUCUUCAGAGAAAUGUUGCCUGAUGAGAGAAUCAAGGACAUUUCUAUGUAUUCUAUGGACAAUCCCAGCGAUACGGAAGAAGAAGAAGAUGAAUACAAUGAUGGUUGGAGUGAUGUUAAUGAAGGUCAAGUGAAGUUGAAACCAUGGUUGGAUCCAAAAGCUUUAGCUAAUUCGUUAAAGAAGUGGAACUCUGAUGCAGUCACUGCUUUGGAACAAGCUAACUUUGUCUGGACAAAUCUUUUGGUCUGCAAGAUGCUAAGAAACUUCAGAUCAUGUGAAACAGCAUGGAGUUUCUUCUGCUGGGUGGCGACUCAGCCCGGAUUCACCCACGACGCCUACACGAUUGAGAGAAUGAUGGCUAUGUUAGCACGCAAUGGCCAAGUUGAACUAGUCGAUAAGCUCAUCUCGAAAGUGAGAAUCGAAGGGAUCAAACUACCAUUCAGCACCAUCAGGCUAAUCAUUGAUCUCUACGGAGUUUCAAAGAAACCAGACGUGGCCAUCAAGGUUUUCCGCGAAGACAGAACUCUCUGCGGUUCAAUAUCAGGUUUCAACCUCAUGCUGUUAUACUCAUCCCUCUUGAGGACAUUAACAAAGUGCAAGAAAAACGCAGAAGCUUUGGAAACGCUAGGAGAAAUGAUUUCGAGCGGAGUUUCUCCCGAUAUCCAAACGUUUUCGGGUUUAAUGUAUCACUUUGCAUUGCAGGGAGAGAUUCAGACAGUUCAGAGACUUUUCUCAACGGUGAGACAGAUUGGUCUAGAACCAGAUCCUUACAUGUUAAAGCUUCUUGUUCAAGCUUAUUGCAGAUGCGAAAGAUCAGUACUUGCUUUCAGAGUGUACCAAGACAUGAAAGAUAUGAAUCUGAUGCCUGAUAAAGAGACAAAAGAGCUGCUUGUGAGGAGUUUAUGGAGAGAAGAGAAGCGGAAAGAAGCGGCUGCGGUUGAAGAUAGCGACGAGGAAGGGAAUGUUAAUAGUAAUAGCGUUUUGCGUUUGGCAUUGAAGGGUCAUGUGUGGACUAUGAGUUCUACAGACAUUGCUCGAGUUUACAAUCUCUACCGCGAUUGCGUUUUGAGAACUUCAACUUAA